AUGGCCCAGGCUGCACGCGUGCUGCGGCCCGGCGGGCGCGCUCUGGCCUGGCGGCUGGGCGGCCUCCCGACGCCCCGGCUCCCGGCGCAGAGCCGGGCUGGCUUCGCAGGGGCGGCGGGCGGCCCGGGCCCCGCCGCCAUCGCCCGCAAGGGCAGCCGGCGGCUCCUGGGGCGGGCGGCGCUGGCCUUGGGCGGCGCGGUGGGGCUGUACUGCACGGCGCGGUGGCACCUGCGCGCCCAGGACCUCCGCGCCCAGCGCGCCGCCGCGCAGCUCUCCCUGUCGGACCGCCUGCAGCUGACUCUGUACCAGUACAAGACCUGUCCCUUCUGCAGCAAGGUGCGCGCCUUCUUGGACUUCCACGCCCUGCCCUACCGCGUGGUGGAGGUGAACCCUGUGCGGAGGGCUGAGAUCAAGUUCUCCGCCUACAGGAAGGUGCCCAUCCUGCUGGCGCAGGAAGGAGAGAGCCUGCAACAGCUGAACGACUCCUCCGUCAUCAUCAGCGCCCUCAAGUCCCACCUGGUGUCGGGGCAGCCCCUGGAUGUCAUCGUCACCUACUAUCCACCCAUGAAGGCCACCAACGACCAGGGCAAGGAGGUGACCGAGUUCUGCAACAAGUACUGGCUCAUGCUGGACGAGAAGGAGGCCCAGAAAGUGUACGGCGGGAAGGAGGCCAGGACGGAGGAGAUGAAAUGGCGGCAGUGGGCGGACGACUGGCUGGUGCACCUCAUCUCCCCCAACGUGUACCGUACGCCCGCCGAGGCCCUGGCCUCCUUCGACUACAUCGUCCGGGAGGGCAGGUUCGGGGCGGUGGAGGGCGCCAUGGCCAAGUACGUGGGCGCCGCCGCCAUGUACUUCAUCAGCAAGCGACUCAAGAGCAGGCACCACCUUCAGGAUGACGUGCGGGAGGACCUGUACGAGGCCGCCAACAAGUGGGUGGCCGCUGUGGGCAGAGACCGGCCCUUCAUGGGGGGCCAGAAGCCCAACCUGGCGGACCUGGCGGUGUACGGCGUGCUGCGCGUGAUGGAGGGCCUGGAGGCCUUUGACGACCUCAUGCGGCACACCCGCAUCCGGCCCUGGUACCAGCGGGUGGAGAAGGCCAUCGCCGACGAGGCGCUGCAGUGA